AUGGCACAGAGUCUCAGUGAAAGGCAGUGCAGUGUGAGGGCUCUGUGUCGACAGCAGUGCAGUCUGGGAGCUCUGUGUCGAAAGCACGGCAGUCUGGGAGCUCUGUGUCGACAGCAGUGCAGUCUGGGAGCUCUGUGUCGACAGCAGUGCAGUGUGGGAGCUCUGUGUCGACAGCAGUGCAGUGUGGGAGCUCUGUCGACAGCAGUGCAGUGUGAGAGCUCUGUGUCGACAGCAGUGCAGUGUGGGAGCUCUGUGUCGACAGCAGUGCAGUGUGGGAGCUCUGUGUCGACAGCAGUGCAGUGUGAGAGCUCUGUGUCGACAGCAGUGCAGUCUGGGAGCUCUGUCGACAGCAGUGCAGUCUGGGAGCUCUGUCGACAGCAGUGCAGUCUGGGAGCUCUGUGUCGACAGCAGUGCAGUGUGGGAGCUCUGUGUCGAAAGCACGGCAGUCUGGGAGCUCUGUCGACAGCAGUGCAGUCUGGGAGCUCUGUCAACAGCAGUGCAGUCUGGGAGCUCUGUCGACAGCAGUGCAGUCUGGGAGAUGUUGGCUGA